AUCUCUGCAGAAGCAUAAGUGUUAGGAAAUGGAUUGACUUUGGCAAUCAACGAUAAUAUUUGCACAACAGUUACCUUUUGGUACUAAAUAUGGAUAAUCUCUUCAGUCUCUCCUUCUCUCGCUCGAUUGUCCUAUUUGUGACAAAGAAGCUGGCUUGAGUAGCUUGAUUAUUGAUUCUCAGUUUGGUAAAUGGAAGUUUUUGUGAACUUUCAGAUGAGUCCUGGUUCCUAGUUCUAUGGUAGAUUUUUACAUAAAAUGGUAUGAGUGUAUGCUCUAAUUUUAAAGUUGCAUUGUACCGGUGGUACUUCGUUUUAUGGCCCUCAUAACCAACAAGGAUACACAAGUUCACUGAAGUGCAAGAUGGCACAAUUUUAGAUAUGUGGCCUGUUUUUUCCAAAUCUGUUCUACCACUCUUCAGUCAUAUGACAAGUCCCGCCUCUCUCCAUAUAAAGUGCCAUGACCUUUUGUCGACACCAUUCCUGAAUUUUUUGUCUUUGGUCAAGUCAUUGCCAAGGGGCUAUCUCAUCGGAAGCUCACUUUACUGUUUCUAUGUAUAAGGUGGAAGUGCAGCAUCCUUGGCUCAGCAUUUAAGUGCUUGGGGCUCGGUCCCAUACUAGAGCUUUGCUAAGUUAAGGUGCCUCACCUUGAGAACGUAAUUUUUGCUAAUCCCUGGCCGUUUUUAUCAUGUUGUUGAGUGCCAAACUAGUUUUUGGAAUACGCUUUUUAAGAUAAUUUUAAGCAGUGCAUAUUUAUAUCCCAGUAUGUUUGGAAAUGUUAAUGUAGAAUCGCUUUAUAAGCAUAAAGCUGUUUGACUCCUUUGAAUUUCUUAAGACAAACUGUGAAUCCUAUGCCCUUGCUCCUUAUUUCAUCAGAUAAGACUGCAUCCACUAACUGAUUCUUUUAUUCUUUGCUAGCAUCCACUAUAUGUCAAGCAGCCUGAACUGCCAGCCUCUAUGACUUUUUGAAUAAUUUGAUGAAGAUUGCAUCCAUAAACUUCUUCCUUUUUCCCAGCAUCUAUUUACUGUUUCUUUUUUGCCACAUUUCCUUAUUUGUAUGAAUAGUUGAUAUUGCAUUUUCUGCUUAUUUUAGUUAGUAAUACUCUCAUUUCCAUAUUCUUGGUUUUAGAUCUCGUCUCUCGAGCGAAAUGGUAAAUCUUCGGUCUCUGUUUUCACCAAGACACAUGUUAGUGCUUUCCGCUGCACUUAAUGUGAGCUUAGUGCUCAAAAUUAUUCGACAAAGAAGAGAGAAAGUAAGCAGAAUUUCCAUGGAGAAGCCAAAAGAUGCUCAGAUUGCUGAAGAGUCCAAAACUGAAGCCAGUUCCAUUCAAAACAUGCACCCAACACCUUCACCAUUGGCUGUAAAUGGGGGAGAUGCAGAUGACGGGAGAAAUGUGAUCAAUCUUGACCACGGCGAUCCUACAAUGUAUGAGAGAUAUUGGCAAGAAAUGGGUGACAAAACCACAGUGGUGAUACCAGGCUGGCAGUUCACCAGUUACUUCUCAGACGCCGGGAACCUCUGCUGGUUUUUGGAGCCUGAGCUUGCCAAGGAGAUUGCUCAGCUCCAUAAAGUGGUUGGUAAUGCAAUAACAGAGGGUCGUCACAUUGUAGUUGGAACGGGUUCUUCACAGCUGUUUCAAGCUGCUUUAUAUGCUUUCACGGCAAAUGAUGCAUCUGAACCCUUUAGCGUGGUGUCAGCGGCUCCAUACUACUCAUCAUACCCAGCUGCAACUGACUGCCUGAAGUCAGGCCUGUAUAAAUGGGGUGGGGAUGCACGCAACUUCACCAAGACAGGCCCCUACAUUGAGCUGGUCACUUCUCCGAAUAAUCCAGAUGGCUUUGUCAGGCAGUCAGUGGUCAAUCGAAGUGGGGGAAUAUUAGUGCAUGACCUUGCUUACUACUGGCCACAAUAUACUCCCAUAACAUCGGCUGCAGAUUAUGAGCUGAUGUUGUUCACUGUCUCAAAAUCAACAGGCCAUGCUGGGAUGCGCAUCGGUUGGGCCCUUGUGAAGGAUCAAUCAAUUGCCAAAAAGAUGGUCAAAUACAUAGAGCUCAGCACUAUAGGUGUGUCCAAGGAUUCACAGCUUCGGGCAGCAAAGGUGAUGAAAGUUGUUUCUGAUAGUUGUGGAGCAUCAGCCAGACCCAGAGAAAACUUCUUUGGGUAUUGCCACCACCUCAUGGCAGAGAGAUGGAAGCUACUGAGAGAGGCAGUUAAACAAAGCGGAACCUUUAGUCUGCCUGAAUUUGAACCGGGAUUCUGCAACUUUUUCCAGUGUCUCUUCGAGCCUCUACCAGCUUUUGCAUGGUUGAAAGGUGAAGGCGGUGUAGAAGAUUGUGAAAGCUUUCUUAAAAGCCAUAACAUCUGGACGAGGAGCGGGAGGCAUUUUGGGGUUAGCCCUUCAUAUGUCCGAGUAAGCAUGUUGGACCGUGAUAUAACUUUUGUUUGUUUCGUGAAAAGGUUAUCACAGAUCCAUCUGGGAUAAUUAUUAGUAGGAGCAAAAUCUUUUGUACAUCAAAUUGCUCAACCCCAGGUCUGCAGCUAGGUUUCUUGUCCAUUUAUUCCAAUUUUAUUUAGAUCCACUCGUGCCAAGUACGAGAGGGCACUGAUUCUAUUU